CUUAUGUCCUCACCCAUCUCACCAAACACGGGAAACCGUCGUUUUAGCCGAGACAUGCUGGCCUGAUGAGACGCAUUGGCGUUGUGUCCAUAUGAAGGGUUAUCAGGGAGCCACGCUUGCUGAAAUAUGCGGUACGCCCAUACGUAGUACCACGUGAGAUCCAUGCGGAAACCACGUGCAGUCCUCCCUGUUCUUCGGAAACCUCCCACUUUCUGUUGAGGUAACAACAAAUCCCAACUGUUAUUUCUCGAGGGUUGGCGCUUGUUACCAUCGAUCGGGCUUUGUCGAAUCGCUACGUUAAUCUCAUCAGCUUCACGAGUCGAAUCUGACAUUCAGAUGGCACCUGUCGAGCUGGUAGAGCAGCAGGCUGCAAGCUACUCGAGUCCACAACACGGCAAAGAGCGAGCAAUACCGCCCCCGGAGUCGAGGUCGAAUUCGAACCAAGACGACAAACGAUCCUCUGCCACCUAUCUGACGAUCCCCAUAUCAACCCAUCCGGUGGCCACGCAGCACCGAAGGUCAUGGAUACGGCGAUACUGGAUAUUUGUGUUAGCCAUGGCAGUGCUGAUCGUCGGCGGGAUCAUUGCUGGGGCCGUAGGGGAGAUUACUGCCUCACGCCAGCAGAAUACGCGAGGUCCUAGCUGAAAAGGAAGCUCCAAAGUGCGAGGCUCCUUGAACGGAGUUAAUGCUGGACAUGACGUAAGUGCUAGUUCAACCUUAUGAAUUUAUUCUGUAGGAAUUUGUCUCCCUCUGCGCAAUAUACAAACUGGCUGACAUGGCAAGUGAAUCGUUGAUUCUAUGAAAUC